AUGAAGAACUGCUCUAGAUGCUUUUCUUUGGUUCCCAAACCCUUGAUUUUCUACAUUAGUACUGGUGGAUUCUCUUUCUUCAGUCAUUACCCAGAGACGAAGUAUAUGUUUCUCAUUUGUAAUGGAAUCCUUGCUAUUCUUGCUACGAGUUCAGUUUCUUCUUCAAGAACCUCUGCUUCUGAUGAUCAGUCUAAUCUUGAUGAUGAAUGCCAGUUAUCAUCAACACCUAACUUGUUUUCUGCGAAAACUGAGGCUACUCAUGUUGAUCAAGAAGUUCCUGCUGUGGCAAGUCUUGAACCGCUACAGCUGGAUACUGUUCUUGAAACUGAAGAAGAAAAGCAAGAGCAAGAAUAUAAAGAAAUGCAAGCAGCAGCAGCAGAAGAAGAAGAAGAAGAAGAAAAGGAGCUACUUCAAGUCAAGCUAUGA